CUUCCAGCACUUCCGCCACUUAUACUCAACCACGAGAGACCAUCGAAAGUGUCGAUACCAUCCGAGAGUCGCCCAUUGAGCCGAAGGUUGCAAAAGAGAGUCGCAAAGAGAUUGAAUCCAAAGUUGAAACUCCAAUCGCUCGACAAACUAUGGCUAAACACGAUAAGAGUGGUGACCGCACGACCCCCGCCACCACCUCGGCCUCCGAUGCCAACUGUCCGUUCGGUUCCAUUUUGAACCACUGGUGUCACUCUGCGAGUCUACAAGACUGGGAGGCAGUGUACGGCAAUGUACAGCUGAUCCGUGCGCUCCCAGUGUUGUCCUCCCUGUGCAUCGGUCUCUAUGGUUGA